AUGAUGGUGGAGACGCACCGUGCGCCGCCACCUCGAUGUGCGCGUGCGCUCGAGCCUCGCACCAAGCCCGCUUCAAUAUCAGCACCUCCCUCACUAGCUGGUAGCGGGACUGUGAUGCACCUUCGUCGCCGGCGACAUAAGACUGUUCACUUUGGCGAGAAUCUUCUGAUGCAAGUUUGCGCCGAUCGAGCUCACUUAGCAGCACUUGGAGCUAGAGUACCUGAUAUUUCAUUUUGUCAUAAAGCACAUACAGGCCUUCGCAAGGGAGAUGCCAGGUUUUGUUGUGUUGCUCACCAUUGUUGCCUGGCAGCUGGAGCUUUAGUGGCAUUAACGUCGAAUGGUCGACCAAAGCCGCGCAGGGAACGGAGCGGAGACUCUCAUUCAAGUGGCGGUGAAAAUGUAGACAAAGGGGAGGGGGGUGGCGGUUUAAAUUCAAAGGAGCCUAAGCGUAAAUCUAAGCAUCAUCAUCACCAUCAUCAUCAUAAAGUUCACAGUUGUCCUUAUCAUGAUGUAGCACCUCCGCCCGAAGACGAACCUGACGAAAAAGCCAUUAUUCCCAAAAAAACCGUGUCGCCUUAUCUCUUUAUACCUAGUAAAUUAGAGCCAAAUGUACAACAGCUAUUCAGCUUUAUAGAAAGUGUUCUCAGUGCUUGGGCUGCUGAAGAAGGCCUGACAAGUACAGGCGAAUAUUCUGAGCCCGAUGAGCGUAUAGUGCGACGGCGUAAACUGAAUAAAUACAAGAAACGCACAGAUGUACUUAAUAUUCGACGGAUUGUAUAUGAAGUAUCUAUUCUUCAUGGCACAAGACUACUUGGCAAUGUUAGGUUUCGUCAUUACCAUUGGAAAGGAACUGCACAAACCUGCAAUGAAGCAUUUCUUAGGAAGAUUUCGGAUGAUGAUCGAAUGUCUCUAACAACGGCAGUGUCAGACGAAGAGGAUCCCGGUGAAAGCGCGAUGAACUCUCCUUACAAGGGAAAACAGACUGGCGCCGCGGCUGCCUCCUUUAAUUGCACAGGGGCCGUCAGAAAAGCCGGGUUUUUAAGCGUAAAGAAAUGGUUACUCCGCAAGAAGCACCAGAUUGAAUUAGCACGUAAACGAGGGUGGAAAGGAUACUGGGUGUGCUUGAAGGGAACUACUCUACUCUUCUAUCCGUGCGAUUCUCGUGAAGGUCGCUCCGUAGAAGCCGCUCCGAAGCAUCUAAUUAUAGUGGACGGAGCCAUCAUGCAGCCCAUCCCCGAACAUCCAAAACGCGAUUACAUAUUUUGCCUAAGUACCGCCUUUGGUGAUGCUUACUUAUUUCAAGCACCUUGCCAGGUUGAGCUUGAAAACUGGGUGAAUAGCAUACAUAGUGCUUGUGCAGCGGCAUUUGCUCGUCAUCGUGGCAAGACUGGAACGCUUCAUUUGCUCCAAGAAGAAAUAUACCGUCUCGAGAAAGCUAUCGAAUCGCUGAAGCAAAUGGCAGAUCUUCAACAAUCGGUAGUCUCUGAUCCUGACACUCGUGCACAGUUGGCUGGACAAAUGCUUCAGUGGGAAGAAAAUCUCGAGCGUUUACAUUGUGAACAGUUUCGAUUGCGUUGUUAUAUGGCAAGUCUUCAAAGCGGUGAACUCCCUAACCCCAAGUCAUUGCUGACACACGUGUCCCGCGGCACGAAGACAACUUUGAACAAGCUGGGCGUGUUCACUGUCUCAUCAUUCCACGCGUUCAUCUGUGCGCGAUCACCAUCGCUACUCAACAACUUGCUGGCAGGUCGUGGUGCUACUAAGCGCCGCGCACCCAAUUUAUCAAGAUCUAAUUCCGGCUCUAGUAGGCGAUCGAUGCAGAUGUCCCGUGAGGAUGGCGAGGCAGCCGUACGUGUGUCUCUGCCCGAGGGUACGACCGCCACGGUAGGUGUUCGCGAGGGCAUGUCCGUCGAGGAGUUUCUUGCAGCGGCAUGUGUCCGCCGAUCUUUGAACGCUCUCGAACACUUCGUACGUGUAAAGAAAAGGCGUGACAUGGAAGACCACAACUAUUUCGUACCACAUCGCAGUGACCUCAUUGAGACAUACUUGCACACACACGAAGUGGUUGAAGUCUGUGCCAAGAUCCUGUAUCAAGUAGAGUUGCAACGCACGACCUUAGAGCAAAUGUGGGGCUUCAGUGUGGAGGCUGAACUUAUUGAGAACUCAGAACGGCAGGACGAGUUGUGCUGUUAUGUCAGCCGAGUAGAAGACAAGAGCGUCGCCAUGCAAAAUGGUAUAAUCAAAGGCGACGAGAUAAUGGUGAUCAACGGAGCGAUCGUAUCUGACCUAGAUAUGAUGUACUUGGAGAGCGUGUUGCAAGAGGAACUCUCCCUCGUCAUGAUGAUGAGGUCGUCUCGUACGGAGCCACCCGAACUGACAGGAGUGAUGCGCGCGGCCACAGACGACAUAAUCGAUUCCCUUGUAUGUCCGCCGCCGCCAAGCGAGCCGCCUGUCAUCUCCGAUGACAUGAUAUCCGGCCUCAUCGUGCCAGCACCCGCUUGGAGUAAGGAGCUGUACAGCCCAGACACGGACGGACACAAUGGUGACGCAGUCAACUCCGGUCCUCCCAAAGUCAGCUCUAGAACCAACUCCUUCGAGAUUGAAAAUCUACUAAAGAGUGCGGAGCAGGUGACCGGGUGGUGCCGGUCGCCGGCGGAAACCCGGCGCGGCAGCCCGACCGGCAGCGUUGCCAGCGCUGCCGCUGGCACUCCCUCGCGACACCUCUCCGACGCAGACAAGCUCAAGAAGGUGCUUCUUGAACUGGUUGAUACUGAACGCGCCUACGUUAAAAAUCUAAACAACUUACUAGAAAACUACCUGGAGCCGUUAAAGAAAGAAACUUUUUUAUCAAACGCCGAGAUCAAUGCUUUGUUCGGAAACAUUCAAGAGAUAGUAACUUUCCAAAGGCAAUUCUUACAAAACUUAGAGGAAGCGCUCGAGGCUGAACCUAACUUCCAUCACUUUGAAUUUUCUAAUCAGUUCAAGAAUGUGCUCUUCGCAGUUGGAAACGCUUUUCUGUAUUACGUUAACCAUUUCAAAUUAUAUAGCUCUUUCUGUGCCAGCCAUAGUAAAGCACAGAAAGUGUUACAUCCAAAUGAAGGCAAUCAAGUGUUACAAGAAUUCCUUGCAGCCAGGAAUCCCAAACAACAACACUCGUCUACUCUAGAAUCAUACUUAAUAAAACCUAUUCAAAGGAUAUUAAAAUACCCAUUACUAUUGCAACAAUUAAGGAAUUUGACUGAUGUUAAUUCUGAGGAGCAUCUUCAUUUAGUGGAGGCUCUAAAAGGUAUGGAAAAAGUUGCGGAGCACAUCAAUGAAAUGCAACGAAUACAUGAAGAAUAUGGUGCUAUAUUUGACCACUUGUUUAGGCAACAUCAAAAGUCUUGCAAACAACCCAUAGAUCUAAGUCCUGGUGAUUUGUUAUACUACGGAGGUGUAGAAUGGUUAAAUAUUUCUGACUUCUUAGGAAAAAUUAAAAAAGGAUUGGAAUUACAUGCUAUGUGCUUUGUAUUUAAAUCUGCCGUUGUCUUCCUUUGUAAAGAAAGACUGAGACAAAAGAAGAAACUGAUGGGAGUUUCGUCAAAGAAUAACUCCAGUGAAGUGGAGAUCAUUCGGUACCAAGUGUUAAUACCGGUGACGGAAGUACAAGUUCGUGCAUCAUCUGCAAAGGACAUGGAUAGUCACUUCCUUUGGGAACUUAUACAUUUGCGAAGUCAAUUACAACGACGAUCUGAAAAAGUUUAUGUUCUGUCCAACAGUACGGCAGAUUUCCGAAACGCCUUCCUGAAGACUAUCCGACAGAUCAUCCGCGAGUCGGUUCGCAACAUGUCACUGCCCACCUCGCGGCCUGCUCCCACGCCGCCCCGCGCACCCCAUGCGCCGCACGCUCCCCACACGCUCGACCGCGACACGGCGCGGCCCAAGCACCAGGUACAAGUAAUGCAAGGAUCACAAACGCUUGGUAAAACGAAGAAACCUAAAAUUACGGGUCAACGACUAUCAGCUGGAAAUAUUGAGGUUGGAGAACUGUCUCGCGAGAAUUCGCAAGAUGCAGAGGAGCCACACCAACAGCCGGCGACUGACGAACCCGCAUUCAGACACCGCAGCAAAACACUGGGCGACACUACUGAGAGCAGCGUCAAGCGUGCACCUCCGCCUCCCCCGCCGGAGGACAAAGUGGAGCUCGGCUCCAAGUCCGAGGGCGAGGACGAGCAGCCGCCGCCUCCUGCCAAGCGCGGGUUAGGCAGAACUCCAAACCACCUCACACUCAGUACGACUUCGACUCUGAGCGCUGGCAGCACUGGUAGUCAGGCACGACUGAUCCAGUCGUCGCAUCAACCUACGCAGUAUCAACCCACAAUGAUCAAGGAACUAGGUAAGCAGGAGUCGCAGUCUCUUAAGUCCUCUCCAGAAAGAAGGACAUCAUCAGUAUCUGAGAAGAGAAUCAAAGUAAUACGAUCCUGUAGUGGCAGCAGCAUUAAUAGAGAUAGGUCCCCCAACCGAUCUAUAGACCAUACCUCGCCGGAUCGGGAUCGCGUCACCAAAGUUAUCGUUUGUAAGUCUCCAAGUAAGUCAAGCUUAAAGCAAACUAAAACUUUGCAUCGUUCACCUAGAGGAAGCUUUGAACAAUCAAGAUCUCCUCGUGGAUCAAUAGACAAGUUACGGUCCCCACAACAAAGCUUCGAUGGAUCUCGUUCGCCACGCGGUAGCAUUAUGAAGUCACGUGAAAAUAGUAUCGAUCGUUCUCGUUCGCCAAAGCCCGCACCAAAAAAAGGAAUUAUGAGAACACCCCAGGCUAGUUUUGAUAAAUCGCCUUGUAAGUCACCGAAUUUAAGUCGACGAUCUUCUAAAUCAGGUGGAGAGAAGCUAGCCAGACUUGGGACUAAUUCUUUAGAUAGAAUGACUCACUACUCUCAACUCUCAAAAGCUGAAGACAAAGCUAUGAAAAUGGGUAUCGUUGUGUCUAAAUCGACUGAAUCAAUCGCUAAGACUAUUGAACAGCCAACAUGUGUUCAAUGUUACCUUUCUGGGAAAAAACAAAGUAAAACCUCCUAG